AACCUAAUGUCUAUUGUCUGCAGUAAGAAAUUUUAGUUAGGCUCUGACAGCUGACGAGGUGAAAUAUUGGCCUCUCUUUCCUCUUUUAGCGUAUCAGGCCCUUCCUCCAGAAGUAUAAGUAUGGAGCUUCGCCCCCUGAGGCCUUAUUUGCUCCUAACCAUCCAGCACAAACGCGCAUCCUCGUAGUGAGCGAGAUAGAACCUCUUGAGGGUGCACGCGCGAUUGGAAGCGUUACAAUUCCCUGUUGGUAUUGUGAUGCUUUGCGAGUGUGCUUAUCUGGUAUUAUAAUCGAAGUUUUGGGCUGUGGGUUCGUCUGAGCGUUGUAUAUUUUGUUUACAAGAUUAUCCCGUCGUCGAAGUCUGUGGUUAGGAUUGGUAGAUCUGCGCGAUCUCUUGUUGACUUGUAUUGACCUGUAGCAAUUUCUCUAUGCUGGCAGCUGGUUCUCUGUGAGCUUCCUUAUCGUGGAAAAGGUCUUAGGUUACAGUAUCUAGUUCUUGUAAGUAAGGAAGUCGGGUCCUGACCUGCCAGUCACGUCUGCCAACAUUCUCGUAUGGGGUCCUCUAAAGCAUGAAUAAGUAUCUUGACCAGGGAGAAGAUUUUGGUCCUUAGAGAUUUCUCGGUGGCAUUUGUGAUUGUUAUCAUUGUGAGUAGUGCUUUUACGCCUUCAAGCUUCGGGAGCGAGCUAUCUUGACCCGUCACAAGGUGUUGAGAGAAGUAAGGUUUGAGCUCCGUUCUUAAGAGCUUAGGCCUACGAACGUGUAAUAAUGAUAUUGGUAGGAGCGGUGCCGAUUACUUGGUAAAGAUGGCAGUGUGGAUGUCCAACUGCGGUGAUCCAUAAAUAAACUACGGAAGUUCAUCUAUUUGACAACGCCCUAGGACGCCCAUUCAUUAUCACAGGAUUGCGUUGCAUAACCCGCUUCGUGUUGAAAGAGAAGGUGAAUACUUGGUGCUGAUGCCAAUUAUUGCCGUAUUAUCAUCAGGUUUUAGCUCGUUGGGGGGUGGAAUCAAGCACCGUGUCGAAAGGUGUUUUUCGUUUUCCAUCUACAAAAUUACACGAACUCAGUAAGCAGGUUUCAAGGAUCUCCGCUCACGAAAAGAAUACAAGAGGAAGACUAGAAGGCCAUGGCCGAAGUGGCUCUCUUAAAUCCCUUGGAGCAGAUUCACGAUUUUGCAGUGCUGCAGCACAAGAGCGAGGACGUGAAAGAUAUCUACACUCUAGGGAAGAAACUAGGCGAGGGGCAGUUUGGUAUCACCUAUCUGUGCACGGAGAAAGCCACCGGUCUCAAAUAUGCAUGCAAAUGCAUCCCAAAGCGAAAGCUAAUUUCAGAGGAGGAGAUUGAGAAUGUUGGGCGUGAGAUUGAGGUUAUGUACCACCUCGCGGGACAUCCUAACAUCGUGGCCAUCAAGGGCGCGUACGAGGAUGAGACGAUGGUCUACUUGGUGAUGGAGCUCUGUGAGGGAGGUGAACUCUUCGAUCGCAUCAUAGAAAGAGGGACGUACACCGAAGCGAAGGCUGCUGACUUGACCCGCACGAUUGUGGGCGUCGUGGAAGCUUGUCACAACUCGGGCGUUGUCCACCGUGACCUGAAGCCCGAGAAUUUCUUGUUUCAGACCAAACACGAAGAUUCGAUGCUGAAGGCAGCUGAUUUUGGCUCCUCCCGGUUUUUUGAGCCAGGCGACGUAUUUACAGAAAUUGUCGGGAGUCCGUUUUAUGUUGCACCCGAGGUGCUGGAUCGUCAUUACGGGCCAGAGGCGGACAUUUGGAGCGCGGGGGUCAUUUUGUACAUUUUACUGAGCGGGGUUCCGCCCUUUUGGGCCGAGACAGUGCAGGGUAUUUUCGAGGAGGUCAUGAAAGGAGAGCCACCGAGCUUUGCUGCCGAUCCAUGGCCAAAUAUCUCCGAGGGCGCCAAGGAUCUGAUCCGGCAGAUGCUGAACCCCGACCCGCGAAAGCGCUUGACCGCUGCGGAGGUCCUGAAGCAUCCUUGGAUUCGUGAGGACGGGGUUGCGUCGAACAAGCCCAUCGCCUCCCUGGUCCAGUUUCGGCUUAAACAGUUCUCAGCCAUGAACAAGCUGAAGAAGCUUGCCAUCCGGAUCAUUGCCGAGAAGCUUUCAGAGGAGGAGAUUGCGUGUCUGAAGGAGAUCUUCUCCGAGAUGGAUCGCGACAAAGAUGGAGCCAUCAGCUUCGAGGAGCUCAAGGAAGGUCUCCUGAAAGCCGGCACCACACUGAAGGACCCCGAGAUCUUCGACCUUAUGGAUGCCGCCGACAUCGACCAAGAUGGCAUCAUCGACUACGGGGAGUUCCUGGCGGCGACCCUCAGCUUGAACCACAUCGAGCUGGAGGAGAACCUGUUUGCUGCAUUUCAGUACUUCGACAAGGAUGGCAGCGGUCACAUUACAAUGGAUGAGGUUCUCGCCGUCUGUCGUGAAUUCAACAUGGAGGACGUCCUGAUCGAGGACUUGCUGCACGAAGUGGAUGUUGAUCACGACGGCACCAUCGACUACAAGAUGUUUGUAACAAUGAUGCGCAAAGGGAAUGGUGGGGUUGGCCACCAAACCUUGCGGUGCACCCUGGGCAUCACCGACGUUCUAGCGCAUGAUAUGACCUGACUGACUGCAGUAACCAAUCGGCAGGUUUUUGUACUUUUAUUUCGUGAGGGUCUGAACCUGACCCAUAUACAGUGGCUGAGUGGAGAUCCAAAAAUCAUAAAUUUUGGCGAUUUUGUGGACGGCUACGAGGUUCCGAGUAUGGAACCCACCUUGCCCAUUCCCCUAGAUAACCCCUGCCAGGGUGUGAAGAAUUCGCCCUCGCACUUGGUUGGAUAAUUUUUUCCCACUCCAACUUUGUUGUACGAGAGGUGAUUGACGGCUUUUUGUUGAUCUUUGAGAGGUGAAUGAAGAUUACGGCAACGGAUCUGCUGCAAGUUUUUUGCAAGUAGCAGGCAAAGAAUAGAAUGGACCCAGGUGUGAUCUGAUAUUGAUCAGGUUUUGUGGAGAGGAAUUGGGGUCAAUAGCAGGUGUCCUUGUAAGAUUUAGUUGCUGUGUCGGAGAAUGAUGCUCGUUUUUCUUAGACAUGUAAUUUUGGUUUCAGAGAGUGUUGCGAGGCUGCGACGGGCAGCAGAUGGUAUGCGUUAGGAUCUUUUGAAGACCACUGUGUGCUUUUGUAUUAGCUAUCUCCUGGAAUAUUAUUCAGUAUUUUGUAAUAUAUAUACUAAUAGAACCUAAAUAUUAGAAUCGUGUAAUUAGUGCAUGAUGCAGAACAUUUUCAUUGGCAAGAACAUUCGUCUCCUGCUUUGUGCCUACUGAAUCCAAAUUUUGUUCAUAAGCGGAGCUUUGGACGGCCUAAUUUCACUUAAA